AUGAGCACUCAGACCCACCUGGAAAGCGAGCAGCCAGUCGCUGCCGCUCAGGAACAGCAAGAGCGACGCACAGCAGAGGACGCCACCAUCGCCGCCACUACCACCGGUGGCUCAGACGUGGCUGAUGCUGUGGAAGCCACAGAGGACACCACGACAGCACCCGUCUCCAACGCCGCCGUGAGCGAGGGCCGCCCCGCCACACAGGAGGACGAGGACGACGCAUGGACCGCAAUUGAGACCAAGCCCAAGCCCCAGCGCCAGCGCCGCGCCCAGCCCACCAAGCAGGCUCUGGCAAAGGACCCCCCCGCGCCCUCUACAUCUGGUGCAGGCUCGUCUGCAACGUCCUCCUCCGCCGCCUCUUCCGCCGCCAGCAAGCGCAACUGGCGCAAGGAGCGCGGUGCUGGGCAGAAGGCACAGGGUGCCCGUGACGGCGAGGUGCGCCGUGAUGAUGCUGCCGCUCCAGCCGGUGGCAAAGCCUCUCGCAACAGGCGCCGCAACCGCGGUGGCCGCCAGGGCAAAGGCUCCUCUUCCAAGUCCUCCACAUCCUCCGACCCGGCCCAGGGAUCCGAGCAGCAGACACAGCAGAAGCGCCAGCAGCAGCAGCAGAAGCCCGCCAAAAAGGCCCCAGUGACGCCCAACGUCAUGGGCGCCUGGCGCAAGCCCAUCACAGAGGUCAUCAAGCACCCGCGUUCCCAGAAGCAGGUGCAAUCCAAGGUGGCCGACGCUGCCGCCGCCGCCGCUACUACCGCGACCGCUAAGGACGCCAAUGCCACUGCCACCGCAGCCACGGACUCGAGCGCCGCGGUCAUCAUGCCGCCUGCUCCCAAGGUGAAGCAAGUGGAGACCCCACGCCAGUCUCCCGAGCAGGACACGGAGGCUGAUGACGCCGAUGCCGGUGUCACCGUUCCUCCCACGUUCACCCUCAACAGCCAGCAGUCCUCCUCCACCGCUGUCAAGCUGCCCGCGCCAGCCACGGCUUCAAGCACAGCCGCCGCUCCCGUUCACAACCCGCUGGGCAGCGUGGGUGACCCGAUUGACGUCACCGCCAGCAAGUCUUCUUCCGCCAGCGCCGCGCAGGCAUCCACAUGUUCCUCAUCGGCUGCUUCCGCCGCCGCCAUCACCAACCCAUCCUCCUCUGCGGCGGCCACCAGCCAGCAGCCCACGGCCACCCCCAAGGGCUGGGCCAAGCCCGCCCCAACAGCCGCCAAGGCUGCGGCAAACAAGAACGACCCGGCCUGGCCGUCACUCGGCGCCGUCGUCGCUGCGGACUCAACAGAGGCUAAGGCCGGUAAGCCCGCCGGCGAGGGCCAGGCUGCCGCAUCGACGACCAAGGCUGCCAAGCCAAACACUGGCGACGCCCCUUCACGCAGCAGCGCAACCACCGCCAGCAGCCCCGGCAGCGCCGCCGAUGCCGCUGCACAGGACUCCGGCAAGAUCAACUUCCGCAGCAAGGCCAAGUUCAAGCCUUUUGAGGGCGAGCUUGGGCUGCAGACACCCAAGACACGCGACGCCCAAAGGCAAAGCGCGGAUAAGAACACAAACGGCGGUCGCCGUCGUGGUGGCAACCAGCAAAGCCGCAAGGGUCAGCCCCACAGGCAUCCACGCCGCCAGGGCAGCGGUGCUAGCAGCAACAACAGCAAGAAGCAGCACCAACAACAGCAACCUCAGCAGCACCAGCAGCAGCCGCACCAACAACAGCACAACCAACAAAAGCACGGUCUCCCCCAGCAGCAGCAGCAGCAGCAGCGGCAGCCACAGAUGGAUGCCGGCAUGGCCCCGUUCAACCCUCAGAUGAUGAUGCCGCCCAUGUUCAUUCCCAACCAGGAGUUUAUGCCUACCUACGGGUUCCCGGACCCAAUGACCAUUGUGCGCAGCCAGCUUGAGUACUACAUGUCAGACAAGAACCUUGCCACUGACAACUUCCUCCGACAGCACAUGGAUGCCGACGGCGUGGUUCCUGCAACGGUUCUUCUCGAGUUCCCGCGCGUGCAGAAGUACCUGCACAUGUACGGGAUCACGGGCCAGCAGGCCCGCCUCGCAAUCGCGCGCGACAGCCUCAUGCAGAGCCCCAUGCUUGAGACUGUCAUGCGUGGCGACUCCUUGGGCAUUCGCCGCAGGGCCUUUGAACCCAGUGAAGUGAUCCUGAAGAAGGCUGUCAACGCCCCAGAAUUCUAUCCAAGCAGCAAGCCCACCGUUGGUUUGAUGCCACAGCCUUUUUUCGCCGGCGAUCAGACACCGCCUCACGACACACAGCAGGAGGGGCGUGUGUUGCUUCCCGAGCCUACACCAGCCAUGUGA